AUGGAUGGUCUGGAGGCUCAGCCCAAGAACCUAGAGUCGUUGGUUAACAUCCCGUUUCCUAGCACGCUACGAGCUAUGCAAUCCUUUCUCGGGAGCUUGAACUACUACCGUCGCUUCAUUGAGGAUUUCGCGGUGUAUGCCGCGGUGUUGUAUGAGUUAAGAGAAUCGGAUUUCUUCGAGAUCGGCCGAUCUCAGCUUGCAGCAGGAGACGAAUGCUCCAACGAGGGUCGAUGGACGGAAGCCAAGGUUGCUUUCACUAUGCUAAAAGCUAAGAUAGCUACAGCUCCCAUGCUCAAGCAUUUCGACCCAGAUCGGUCCCCCGUAAUCGUGGUCUACGCUAGCAAGUGGGCUGUCUCAGCGGCCCUGAUACAGGAGUACGAUGACGUGUUCCAUCCGGUGACGUUUACUAGCCGCACUUUAAAGCCUAACGAGCUUAACUACGGAAUGGUAGAAAAAGAAGUGCGGGCGCUACUUCGUGUGUUGGAUGUAUGCUAUACUACGCUUGCCUCGCGGGAGAUCACUGUGAAGAAAUGUGAAAGAGGAGAGGAAGAGAUCCUGGGCAUGUUAGCAGCGAGUAUCACUCCGAGAGGAGAAGUGGAAGAGAUGCUGAUUGCGAUCUCCCCACGAAAAGACUGUCGACUCAAAAUAUCGAUGCCUCCUCCAACGGUGGAAACAGAUGAGGAGUUGCUGGUGGCCAGUUUCGAUGGAUCGGCUAGGAUAAAAAAGAAAGGAGGGUCGUUCAGUGCCGUGAUAUGGAAGUUACCCGAAUGGACGAUCGUGGCGGCCGAAUCGAGAUAUGUUCACGAUCUGACUGUGAAUGAAGCUGAUUAUAAUGGCUUGCUACUGUGCUUUGAGUUACUCGCCGAUCUGGAUAGGGGGCGAGUAAUACUGUGUGGAGAUUCCAGUCUGGUGAUUCGACAGAUGCGCGGUGAGAUCGACUGCAAGGCACCGGGCCUUCAGCUUCUGAGACACAAAGCGUUGGAGAAGCUGCGGUCAUGGCCUAGUCACGAGUUUCUGCAUGUGAAGCGAGAGUGGAAUCAGAGCGCAGAUCGACUAGCCAGCACAGCAUUGCAGAGCGAAAAGGAAAGAACGGUUGUAGCUGAAGAGGAUCGGCAAGAUCUGAUGACUCUGAACCGUCUCGAUGAAUUGUUGAAGCCCAAGCAAGAUGGUCAGCUGGCUCGGGUAACUGCGAUCACGAGAUCAGCCAGGAGGAUACGUCAUGAACCUGAAGUGAUACAGGAGGAGAUAGUACAGAGGAUCAGGAUUCAACGAAUUGUCCAAGCUCAAGAUGAAGAGCGUUGGAUUGUCAAUCUCAAGACAUAUCUAAGUGGCGAUGUAUCAAACUUGUAUGCGGUAGAAGUGAAGAUGUGCGCCAAACUGGCGCCGGAAUACGAGAUCGAUGAGAACAAACUGCUAUUUUUUUGCCCCAUGGCGAAAAGAGAGUCGGAAGAUCGCGAUGGUUUGAUGCGGUUGGUGAUCCCUGAGACGUUGCAGCAGGAUUUUUUGCAUCACUAUCACACGAGUCUGGAAGGGGGCCAUCAGGGUAUUGGCCGAACCUAUCAGAGGAUCAGAUCGCGAUUUCAUUGGAGAGGACUGUAUCGGAGCGUUCAACAAUAUGUGGGCGAAUGUACCGACUGUGAGACCGGGAAAGGAAACCCGAUGAUUAAUGGGAAAUCCCCGGGCAAUCUACACGCAACCUAUCCAUUCCAGAUCAUCGCCAUGGAUCAUAUACCGUCGUUGCCCAAGUCCAUCAAGGGGAACACCGAACUGCUCAUUUGGGUCGACCUUUUCUCGGGAUAUGUGAUUGCAAAGGCUAGCUCCUCUCGGACGGCACAAACAAUAGCGGAGAAUUACGAAGAAUGUGUGUUUCGACGCUUCGGAGCUAGCGAGGCUAUCAGGCACGAUCGAGAACCGGGAUUUAUGUCCGACUUCUUUCGAGCCUUCAGUCGGAUCGUAGGACAAAAACAGCGUGCUACCAUGGCCUACAGACCACAAGCAAAUGGAACAGCCGAACGGAUGGUGCACACCCUGACAGAUUCGCUCAAGAUGUACGUGGCUGAAGUUGACCAGCGAGACUGGGAUGAGUAUGCUGAGCGUCUCACAUUUGCCAUUAACACUGCACAAGAUCGGAUCCGGGGGGAUACCCCGUUUUAUCUGAUUCAUGGGUGGGACCCGCGAUCGACUUUGGAGGCUACGCUACCAGUGGGGAAUACGGGGACACGAGAUCGCGAUCCAAAGAGGUGGAGAUACAAAACCCAAAGACAAUACCAGCGAGCCCGAUCUGCAGUGAACGAUCGUUUACAAGCCGCGAUCCAGGAGCGAGCAGAUCGACACAACGAAGAUCUGGAACCACACGAGAUCGAAGUAGGAGCGCAAGUUUGGCUAUACCUGGACCGAGUUAAAGAGGAAUAUGCGAAGAAGCUAGCGCACAUGUGGCAUGGGCCAUUCCGAGUUGCGGACGUAUGUGGAGAUCAUGCUGUAAAAUUGGAGAUCGCUGGAACCCCAUAUCGGUUAUUUCCGAUUGUACAUAUAUCGAAGCUAAAAAAGGUAAAGACGUUCCCUGAACGCCCGAAGGAUCAGCUUACGAUAGAGGAAUCAGAUCGCUUGGAUUUCGAUGAAGCUCUGCUGCCAGAAGACAGUUGGGAUGGCGAUCUUGAAGAAGGGGAAUACGAAGUAGAGGCAAUAUUGGACGUGCGAUCUGGUAGAAAAACCCGUUAUGGGCGAGUACACCGGCAGUUUCUGGUGAAGUGGAAGGGAUAUCCCGAUCUAAGUUGGGUGGACGAGGCCGAUCUACGUUGUGGGGCGAUCUUGCAAGAGUUUGAGCGGAACCGAGUGAGUCGAAACCGUUUCGACGUAAUGCAGUCUCAUGAAGGCAAGUCGGACGAACCUUAA